AUGGCGAUGGCACGAAGAUCGCAAAUAAGCACGGAGUCGACGGAUGAUAUGAACGGAAAUCCCAUAAUGGUCGCUCUCCCCAAACAGUUUGCCAGAGUGAUGACUGACCUUUUGGAGCCCGCAACCGUAAAAUUCAUGGUGUAUAGCCACUUCGGAGCUGGCGGAGCAGCUCCAAAAACAAAGUAUUUCAUCUGCCCUUGUCUGGGUGUGGCCGAAUGA